AUGGUUAUGAAGAAAGGACCGUAUGUGCUAUGGGUACACGAUCAACAGUUUAGUAAAGAGGAGUUGGUAGUGAACCCAGAACACUUCCCUAGACUAAGGGUCAAUGAUAUAGUGGAGAUAGCAUCACCGAAUAACCCUACAAAGCGACUAUGUCUACGCGUGAAGCAGUUGGCACCGGUGAAGGGCGCACUGCAGAUCAGUGUGGCCAAGUACAUCGCCUCGGUGUUUGACUUUGCCAGCAGUGCAGGUAGACGCGAGGUCAUCGUCAACAUCAUCCCCGAGAAGGCAGCCAUCAUCGACUACGUGCAGGUCUCAUUCAAGGACCAGUACAUUGGUCGCUCAGACAUGUGGCGUCUGAAGCUAUCGCUGCAGAACGAGUGCGUCUACGUUUUCAAGAAGCUGGCGUUUGCCCAGGUUCGCGCGCAAGUCGAGGAGAUGGUGGCGGGCGGCCAGAAGGUCAGCAGCGGGCUGAUCGUCGAGUCGACCAAGUUCGUGUUCCGAUCACGCUCAGCCAAGUUCAUUCUUCUCAUUCAGAUGUCCAAGGAGAUGUGGGACUUUGCCGACGACGGCGACCUCUACUUUGAGAAGGCAGUCAAUGGCUUCCUCAAGUCACUGUUUGCAAGGUGGCGUGCACUCGCCGUCAAUCACACGAUCACCAUUAUACUGUUCUCUCGCACAUACUUUGACAGCCCAGAGAUCCUCGACGAGAUCCCCGACAUACCGCGCAAUGCCCGCGGUCAGCUGUUUCAAGACUUCUACAAAGUGGUGGUGAGCGAUGAGACGCGUCAAGACUGGUCAUCAAUCAUUGUCAACCUGAAGCGAGAGUUUGGCAACUAUCACGCCAUGGUCAACUGGGACAUCUAUGGGCGCAACAGCGCACUUGGCAAGAACUCCACAGCAUCUCAAGGCAACUUCCUCGAGGCAAUCAAUCUUGGAAUGUCAUACUUUGAUAAGCAUUACAUCGAUCGAGACUUCACGAGAACUGGACAGAUGAUCGUUGUAGUAUCCCCUGGCACAGGCAUCUUUGAGGUUGAGCCAGACAUCAACCUGCUCACCAAACAGCGAAUGAUUGACAAUGGAUAUGGUUGCGAUCUUGUUUGUCUAAAUAGACAUCCACUGCACCUGGUCCCAUUGUUUAAGUACUCCAACAUCGAUCCCAAGAAGCAGUCGGCAUCAGCAGACCCAAAGUCAACGACACUCUUUAACAUACCCUAUUGGGUUGCAGUCAGCUUCUACAACGAUAACAAACCGACGAAUGGAGAGGAGAACAAUACUGGUGAACGAUUCACACCACAGUUCCGCAUCCCCGAUCCACCUCCAAGUUAUGAUCAACAGGAGGCCAAGCCUGUGUACGACUUUUAUGUGCCAAAGGACCCGAGGAAGCUGCCAGCCUUUGCAUCACAGCAGCCGCCCAACAAAUACACAUCACAUACACUUGGCGUCAACUCUUACGAGGACACUAUAUUCAACAUUCCCGAGAAGGUGAUGAGUGGCGAUAUGAACCAGCCCAGCGCAGAGAUACUAGAUGACUACAUGCAAACCGACACUGAUGCUUCAGAGUUGAGCGACGAUGAGAAUCAUUCAAUGAGGAAGAGAAACAGCGUAUCAUUUGGUAGACCAUCUACAUCACAUGGAGACAAGAUAGCAUUCAUCGCAGGCAAGAAGAAUCAGUCAUACUCGACAUCUUUCGAACAGAAGAAGUUGACUGGACCUCAAUUGCUGGUGGGCAGUCGCGGACGAUCAUCGACCAUGCAUCACUCGAUGUCGCCACUUCAGCAGGUGCAGCAACAGAACCUUCAAAAGACAAUCAAUCCAUUCAAGCUGGACUCGACAUCAUUCCAUCUCACAUCCAAUCGUCGACGUUGGUCACAUCUCUGGUACUCACCCAACACAUUCAUCUUUGGCAAGACAAAUGCCAACCUGUUCCUACCCAACUGGAAGUCGCUUUGUGAGCCGGCUUCCCUGCCAAUCACGACAGAUUACUUCCCCACACCCAAGGAUCUGCUCACCAAGUACAUCGAGUACGUUCACACGUUGACUCUCAGUCCCGACGAGAAUGAGUAUCACAACAACACCGAAGAGUUGCUAAAGGAGCUGAUCUCGCAACGUCUGGCACAGGGAUACCAGCUGAUCAUGACUGAGAACCACAAUCCAAACCAACCGACGCCCCCUCCACCAACCAACAGGCCUAGCCGCAAGGCCUAUCAGCUCAGCUUGGGCCAUGACUUCCACGUCAUCACGUACGACCCGGGCAACCUCAGUAUCCAAGUGAAGCGAUACCAGCGUCACUCAGGGCGUGACCUCCCCAACUCGAUCCAAUACACUUACUUCCUGUGCACGGCCUAUCAUCAGGAGUUCAUCACACAGAACACGAUACUCACGCAUCAGGCAUCUGGCAGCUACCCAUGGAACUCACUGGACAACCUUAUCUGUGGUGCGAUAUCAGAGAUCAAGACGACAUUAAGGUACUGGCGUGUGCAGUUUGCCAUCAUACCCCUGCCCAAGUCCAACAACGACUCAAAUAGUGCCGCCAAUGCCCUUACUAAUGAUGCGAGCAACAACGGUGGCAACAACAACAACACCAGCAACAGCAGUGGCAGCAAGCAACACAGCAAUGAAGGAUCGUCGACGACCACCAGCGCUGUCUCACCCAACCUGCAGUCGCCAUCACUUUCACCGCCAAACAGCUCAGUGUUGGCCAACAUCAUAAACACUACCGCAACAGUCACUACCUCGCAGCAACAUACACUUCAGAGCAUAUCGGCACCGACAUCGCCCGUAUCCGUCAAGAAUAACAUGAUGACCAACACCAGCAAGCUUCCCCUCAGUCAGCUUACGCCACUGUACAAUGUGAAGCCAUCGGCAUCAUCCUCAUCGACCACCUCACCCACGACAUCACAGGAGAUGGCACAAGUCCCUAUUGGUGGCGGUGGUGGUGCCAAUAACUACAGCGAGAACUUCAACGCGCCCGAGCACACUGAGGAGGAGCGCAUCGCCUCCUUCACCAAGUUCAAGGAGUUCAUCAACUCAAUGAUCGCCAAGAAUCAAUCGACCACCCUUGCUGCGGCCAACGCCCCAGGCGGUAACAGUGCACAUAACAAGAUGGAGGUGUACGUCAUCAACAACCAGCAGCUCUCCACCUUGGAAGGCGUGCUGGAGAUCCCCUCGCAGCCAUUGCUCUCCGACCUAAGUAUAUCACAGCAAGAGUACAGCGUCAAGGAGAAGUUGGCACCAAUCGACAUCAAUGGCAUAUUCAAUCGACUGAACAUGCCGCCACCAAUCGGCCUCAAGAUGGUGGUCAAGAAGCAUCGUCUGCGCACGUAUCGCAAGUGCUUUGUGGGCUCCGAGCUCAUUGACUGGCUCAUGCAGAACGUAGAUGUGAUCUCUCGCGAGGAGUCCACCAACCUGGCGCUGGUCAUGGUCGAUCAGAAGUACGUGAAGGCAGUCGAGAAGAAUCAGUUUGUCGACGGAUUCCAUUAUUAUCGUUUGAAAGACGAUACGACUACGCCACUCACCAACAACAAUAACAACAACACGUCCGCCGCCACCGCCAACAAGAAGGAGGCUCCAACACCGCCAACACUCUCACAGACCAAGUUGCCAACACAUGGAUCAUCAUCCAAUCUACAAUCGAUCGAACACAACUUUGAUGCCGCCAACAACAAUGGUGGCAGCAGUAAUAACUUUGCCAACAUCAACAACAACACCAACAACAACAACAAUGUAUAUAUCUUGAAUUCAUCACAACAAGCAAUCUCACCAAUCCCAACGCCAUCGACGCAACAAACAAACAAGAAUAACAACAACAACAGCUCAGCACUCUCACCAAGUGACUCGCCAAACUAUUCGCCAAAGAUGUCCCGCGACCGAUAUGCAUUGUCCUCCUCCUACAUGGAGCCGGUCGCCUCGCCGUCGACACUCACAGAGAGCAUGCGUGGCUCCAACGGCGGCGUGCAAGUCGGCCAGCUCAGCUCGACGUUUGGAGGUCAGUACAUGUUCUCCAACCAGGCCCUGCUCACACAGACUGCACCCUCGGCCAACAACAUCCAGGACGUCUACGAGAACCCAAAUCACACAGAGGAGCAGAAGAUCGACAUGGACCCAACAAAGACAGACAGAUACGAGUGGAUCAUGAUGAAGUACGACAAGUCAUUCACGCCGUCACGCUACUACCACAUCGAAUUCAAGUGGAUGGUGUGCACGGGCUGCGUCGUAGACGAGUUUGUCAGCAACUGCAUCCGCAAGGCCAAGACCUACGGACUCACCCUGAUACAGGUGCCACUCGAGAAGAACUACAGUCCCUUCUACGCGCCAACACACAUCAAGCUGUCGCCUAAGCUCCGUCAGCCCGAGAUUGUAAAGGUGAUCCUCUCGCAGUUCAACUUUGUGCCCGACCUGUUGAGGAAGCGCGCCACCAGCCUGGUGACCCGCAACGACCUCUAUCUGUUCUCCGACUCGGAUGUCUUUUACACCGAGUACAUUCACCGCACUGGCAUGCUGUUUGUGCGUGUUGUCGAGGACGGAUUCACAUGUAUCAUCAACAAUGGCCCAUCGAAUCGACAGUUCCUGCCCGCUGCGCUGAUAUGCAUGAAGGGAUUCCAGGACCUCGUCGCCCAGCUCAACUCAUCGAUGCCCUCUAUCAUCUAUCAGACAUCAGACUGGCCGGCCAUUAGCCUUGAGGAGCAGGAUACAUCGCCUCAAUCCAGCUUGCUCCGGUCAUUGCCACCACAAGAGGCCAACUUCCUAUCACUCUUUGCUCAGGGCUACACAGCAGAUAUCUCAUCAGACAAUGAACAACAACAGCAACAAGCAAAUGGAACAACAGUCAACAGUGCCGGCAACAACAACAAUGUCGUUGGCAGUGGCAGUGGAAACAACAAUGAGAAGUUGGACAACAGUAGUAGCAGCGAUACACAUCACGACGACAGUGACAACGAGCACACAUUCCAAGAUCCACAGGCUGAGGCCAUGUGGGAGUCCAACGAGAUACUCUAUUAUAGUCUAAUGUCCAAAUCGCCAACAAUAUGA